CAACGUUUUAGUUUGUUGGUGUUAUUUUUAAAGCGAUGUUAAAGAACUGGUUGUAAAGCGGUUAUCAAAAAAUGGCAAAUCAACAGGAUUCGGAUAUUCUAAUAGAACUCGAAGGUAACGAAUUACAAAAAAUGGCGGAUCGUUUCACGAAAACGGAAGAUCACAAAUUCGUAAGAACUUUAUUGUUAAAUAUAAUGCGAAAUAUAAAGGGCCGUAAACAAUAUUUAGUAAAUGUUUAUACACCGACGUCUAAACCGGAAGGAAAUGAAUUUGUAUUUUGUUUUACAAGGUUUGGACCAACGUUAGAAAUAAGAAUUCAUGCCUUAUAUCCAGCCGGACCGAACGCAAAUACACGAGUAUCGGACGCUUUAUUCAAUACAGGAAGAAUCCAAUUUGAAGAAUUGAAAGAAAUCGUAUUUCGAGACAUAGAUUUCCAUAUAAAAUCAGCAGUUGAAAAUUUCAUGGAAUUCAAAAAACAAUACGAAUUAAGAAUAUCCGAAAUUAAUAACGUUUAUACUUUAAAAGAAGAUGUCGCUUUAGGACUCGAGGAAAAUAUUCCCGAAGAUGCGUAUAUAACACGUCUUGAAGAAAAACAUGCCAAUCCAAUGUUUAAAGUUAGGGAACAUCCAAAUUUAUUAUCGAGCGAGUAUUUUCGAAAAACUAUCAGAAUCAACGGGGGGUACGUGAUCAAUUCAAAAACUAACAACGAACCAAUAGGCUGGGGUUUGAAGACGUUAGCAGGAGGUAUAGAUUACGUUGAUACAAUCGAUAGUGUUAGUAGUGACGUUUACGCUGAAUCCUUGGUAAGGAUUCUAUCUAAAGAUUUAGCGACUUCGAAUCCAGGUAGACCGGUCCUUGCUUUGACGUUUUUCAGUGGAAAAUUUGAUAAUGUACUAGAACGAGUUGGAUUCAAACAGAGAAAUACAAAUCCACAAUCAUUCAUAUCAUUAUAUUAUAGAAUCCCCGAAUAUGAAUAUGAACUCGAACAAAAGAAGAAAAAGAAGAAGAAGAAAAAGAAAGGUUCCGCGUCAGAAGAAGAAAGAUCGCCUAAUACAUCAGAUAUAAAAAUAUCCCCUGUUAGCAACAAAGGACGUGAGGGUGCAGUAAACAUCAUUAAUCCUGUGAUGACUCGUCAUAUACCCAAAGACGAACCACAACCUAGACCUUCUAGGGAAAAUUCACCGAGAAGUAGCGAAGAAAGCGAAUAUGAAGUUGUUGAUAUAUCGUUACCAGCAUCACCCAGUGCUUCAACGAAAAUUAUAUACGAAAACAAAGGUGAUAAAUGCCAAAAAAAAAAUAAAAGACGGAGACAGAAAUUAUUAAAACCCGGAUCUAGUACAAUUAAAACCUCAUCUGAUGAAGAAGGUAACGAUUUCAAACUACUUAAUGUACCUAAAAUCGUAGUAGAACCACCACCUACUACAUCCAAAGUUAGGAUACCGCCACCGCGUUUAUCGGAAAUUCCACGUCAAACAAGACCUAGUACCAGAAGUCGAAACGUACCAUUAGAUAUAUUCGAACCAAGACCUAUUAGACCUAUAAGAACAAGAAGUAGUAAAACUCGUACAAAAGCCCUAGAUAUACCCAAAGUGGAAUAUCCUACAAGAACAGAUCCACCAGAACUAAGUCCUACAGAUACUUGUGGACAACCUACUAUAAAAGAAGUACAAGCAGAUGCUGAGGGUGUUAAACCACCUAGCAAGGGUUCGAGGAAAAGGCGGGGAAGGAGGAAGGAUUACGGCGCAGGUUCUUCAAGAAAAAAAUAAUUUUGUCGCUUUUUAACAAAUCUGUUAGUUCAAAUUUGGAUUUUCCAUUCGAAUUCUGUCAAUUUUCAAUCUCUCAAAAAUCAAAUUUGAUACUAGUUUUUCCGUUAUUCAACAUAAAAAUGUUUCUUUAACGAGCCAUAUCUUGAUAGAUAUCGCUAUAAAAAUAAAAUAAAAAAUAAAUUUUUACUUAAAAUUGAUUCCUAUAUCGAUUAUUUUCCACAACGAAUUUUAUAUUAAUUGGUAUAAAUUACCAGCCUAAAACCAAUAUUGACUGAAUUAUAUUCCAUAGAUCUACAACUUGUUAGGUGUACAAUACAACAUCGUAAAUCUAAAAUAUGAAUGCAUUUAUGGUGGCGCCAUCUAUAGCACUAACGAGAAAUCAUAUCGGAUUAUAUAAUAAUGUCAAUCAAAGGGAUAGGUAUGCGUAAAAUUUAACAAAAUACUGCACAUUUAAAGAAUAAUAAUAAAAAAAGAUUAAAUACUUUAUAAACAUUAUUCUUCACGUUAUCGUUAUGUAUGGUGUCUCCAUCUAGUGUCGAAUACAGAAGCUGAAAAUUACGAUUUCAACUGUUUUAUAAUAAAUUAUAUUUUAACAAAGUUUGUUUUAUAAAUGUAUGAUUGUAGACGAAAAUUUUGUCGUUUCCUAUAAAUUUUGAAUAUUGAUUUGUCGUUGCACAAUAUUUUUGUAUCAAUUACAUUUCUUUAUAAAAUAA